AUGACACUGGAAUCCCUGGGAAACAACAGCAGCAGCAUUCCCUCUACCUUCCUGCUGAGUGGCAUUCCGGGUCUGGAGCACAUUCCCUUCUGGAUCUCCAUCCUACUGUGUGUCACGUACCUGGUUUCCAUCCUGGGCAACUGCAUGAUUCUUUUCAUCAUUAAAACAGAGCCCUUGCUCCAUGAGCCUAUGUACCUCUUCCUCUGCAUGCUGGCUCUGACUGACCUGGGUCUGUCCCUGUGCACCCUCCCUACGGUGCUGGCUAUCUUUUGGGUUGGAGCACAAGAGAUUCGACAUGAUGCCUGUUUUGCCCAGCUCUUUUUCAUUCACUGCUUAUCCUUCCUGGAGUCUUCUGUGCUACUGUCCAUGGCCUUUGACCGCUUUGUGGCCAUUUGCCGCCCCUUGCACUAUGCUUCCAUCCUAAGCAACACAGUCAUUGGCAGGAUUGGCCUGGCAUCCUUGGGCCGCAGUGUAGCACUCAUUUUCCCAUUGCCUUUUAUGCUCAAGAGAUUCCCCUACUGUGGUUCCACUGUCCUCUCACAUCCCUACUGUCUCCAUCAAGAAGUGAUGAAAUUGGCCUGUGCUGACAUCAAGGCCAACAAUAUCUAUGGCAUGUUUGUCAUUGUUUCCACUGUGGGUAUAGACUCUCUGCUCAUCCUCUUCUCCUAUGCCCUGAUUCUGCACACUGUACUGUCCAUCGCCUCCAGGUCUGAGAGAUUCAAGGCUCUUAACACUUGUGUCUCCCACAUCUGUGCUGUGCUUUUCUUCUACACUCCCAUGAUUGGCUUGUCCAUCAUCCACCGCUUUGGGAAGCAGGCACCCCAUCUGGUCCAGGUGGUCAUGGGCUUCGUGUAUCUUCUCUUCCCUCCCCUGAUGAACCCCAUUGUCUACAGUGUGAAGACCAAGCAGAUCCGAGAUCGGGUGACCCGAGCCUUUUGUUACUAG